UUAACUUCCUGGCAGGAUGAUUUAUUGUUGUAUAAGGAUGCUCACAUGCAGCACACAAUAAACAACAUGAAGUAUGUUGCAUAACAUUCCCAGUAAACGAAGAAUCUUGUAACUAGGUUUCAUAGUGACAGCUUUACACAGAUUAAUAAUAGUGCACUCAAUUUUGCUAGUUUUGUUAAUGAGAAUGGUGAAGUUACCUAUCCAUCCAUCACUUUUUGUGAAGUAUGUUCAUUCGGAGAUGGUAAAAUGGAUUUAAUGACCGAGAUGAAAUCAUGGAAAAAUACCUCACAUGCUGCUGUGAUAGAAUGGAUUAAACAGAAUGCCUUAAACAGAAGCCAGAUCUUCAACUUUGUUCAGCACAGACACAGCAGCAGAAUUUUCCCUUGCGAGACCAUAGAUUCCCCGACAGAGGCAUUGGUUGGAUUUCCCUGUGCAUUUCCGUUCCGUGUUAAUGAUUGCUCUAUCCGCUCGCCAGUAAAUCCUCUCCAAAGCCAAUUUUGUGAUUCAUUUCAAGAGAAAAAGGAGAUAAAGACCUUCAACAAAUGUACGGAAAUGCAUGAUGGAAGACCAUGGUGUGCUGUUCAUGUUUUUAAAAAUAGAUCAUUAGUUCCCUAUGGUUAUGCAUACUGCAAUACAACCUGCAAUGGAGAAAUGCCAUCAAAAGAGCGUCCAGAAUAUCUAGCAAGCUCUAAAUUUGAUGAAUUGUGGCAGGAAAGGAUAUUCAAUCUCAACUCCUAUGGUGGUGGCCAUUGUUUUACCUAUAAUCCCAACGAAACGUUUCUACCAGGAAGACCUGGACAUUUUAUAGCAAGAAUUGGGGAGGGUUUGGACAUGGACAAUUUGUGUGGCUAUAACAUACACAUUCAUUCUAAAGAGCAUUUCUGGGUGCACGAAGGUUUGGAUGAGACUGGUCAAGUAGAUGAGCUCUUUCUGCAUCCUGGAGAAUAUUUGGAGGUGUCAUUUGAGAGAUCUAAAGAGAGUAGGAUUAAGACUCACACUUUUGACUGCAUUAAAGAUAAGGAUUACAGUUUGACUGAUUGUAUCUUCAACUAUAUACAUCAAAGCGUAGGAUGCCAAUUAAACUGGUCAAGUAUUCCAGUAGGAAAUCUGCCUGCCUGUGAGGGUUUGGAAGAUAUUAAAAGAUUGAGCUUGCUUAUGUGGAGCUUACACUCAGCCCCUUUCAUUGAUCUCAGCAAACAAACAGGAUGCAAACUUCCUUGUGACAGAGAAAAGUUUCACCUUACGUCUAGUGUAACUGCUAAGAUUACCUGGGAUGUAAAUUGGACUUCAGAGUUCUAUAUGGAAGCAAAUUCCGGCAGGGUAGAGGUAUUUGAAGAAAAGCUAAUCUUUGAUAAGAUUGACCUGCUAAAUGGAAUUGGAGGAUUUCUGGGACUGAUACUUGGAUACUCUUUCUUAUCCAUAGUAGAAUACUUUUUCUCAAAAUGUUAAAAUCAAAAAAAUAUGUUUUGAUAAAGUUACUACAGGUAUAGAUUGCCAUGCAAAAAUGCUUAUUUAAGGUAUUCUAAAACGUUAUCUUAUACAGGGUGUCCCAAUAUACAUGGUAAUUCAGUGACGAAUUCGAUAUCGUCUUUUCA